CGGUCAGGAAAUCCCCCAAUUCCCCUAAUGUGUGUUGUUGGGACACCUUUCGUUUGUGUUGUGAAAAAAAAUGCAAUGGUCGAAGUAUGCCAGAAGUGGAUGAGUGAAGCAACCAGUAAUGCAGUUUUAGGGCCAUUUAAUAUAGAGUUUUUUCGAUAAAUUUUCCCAAAAAUACACAGCCGCCAUCUUUGUCUCAGAACUCCCCUGAUCUGGCAACUUCCUUCCUCAUCACAAACCUGCAAUACGUCAUCGCGCUGCUACAUAUUCAUGAAUUUUCGCGGGCUUUUGAAUCACGUGAAGAUUUCGCGCGAAACGGCGCAGCAGGACUGAAGACAUUUGCGAAGAGGGAGCUGCGGAACAAAAGCUCGCAUAAUGGCUGAUUCAUCCGAGUCAUACCAUGUGGCGACCAGCCCCAGCCGGGGCUCCAGGAGGGGGGACCUGACCUCGAGUCCAGGACGAGACCUGCCCCCCUUUGAGGAUGAGUCCGAGCUGCUCGGCGAAGGAACGUUGCCCGAGGAUGAAGAAGAUGAUGGGGAAGAGCUCAUCGGUGAUGGGAUGGAGAGGGACUAUCGACCCAUCCCUCAGCUCGACGUCUAUGAGGCGGAGGGCUUGGAUGACGAUGAAGACCUGUCGGAAUUGUCCCCGGGCGCCCGGGCCGCAGCCGAGGCAGCCAUGCGCGCCCGGGACAGGAUGCAGGGCCGCAUGAGGAGGGGGCUGCUGUACGACAGCGAGGAUGAGGACGAAGACCGGCCAGCGAGGAAGAGGCGCCUGGCCGAACGCGCCGCGGAGGGAGCCGGAGUCGAGGGCGAAGACGAAGAGAUGAUCGAAAGUAUAGAGAACCUGGAGGACAUGAAGGGCCACUCGGUGCGCGAGUGGGUGUCUAUGGCUGCACCUCGGCUGGAGAUCUACCACCGCUUUAAAAACUUCCUGCGCACCCAUGUGGAUGAGCAUGGGCACAAUGUCUUUAAGGAGAAGAUCUGCGAUAUGUGCAAAGAAAACAAGGAGAGCCUGGUGGUGAACUACGAGGACCUGGCCGCCCGUGAGCACGUUCUGGCUUAUUUCCUGCCGGAGGCGCCCACCGAGAUGCUGAAGAUCUUUGACGAAGCCGCCAAGGAGGUCGUGUUGGCCAUGUAUCCCAAGUACGAUCGCAUCACCCAUGAAAUCCACGUCCGCAUCUGCAACCUGCCUCUGGUGGAGGAGCUGCGCUCUCUCAGGCAGCUGCACCUGAACCAGCUGAUCCGCACCAGCGGAGUGGUCACCAGCUGCACCGGCGUCCUGCCCCAGCUGGGAAUGGUCAAAUACAACUGCAACAAAUGUAACUUCAUCCUCGGGCCCUUUUUCCAGUCACAGAAUCAGGAGGUCAGGCCCGGCUCCUGUCCGGAGUGUCAGUCACUGGGCCCCUUCGAGAUAAACAUGGAGGAGACGGUGUACCAGAACUACCAGCGCAUCACAAUCCAGGAGAGCCCCGGGAAGGUGGCAGCUGGCCGGCUCCCGCGCUCCAAGGAUGCCAUCCUCCUGGCCGACCUCGUGGACAGCUGCAAACCCGGGGAUGAAAUUGAGUUAACCGGAAUCUACACCAACAACUACGACGGCUCUCUGAAUGUGGCCAGUGGCUUCCCGGUGUUUGCCACAGUGAUCAUGGCCAAUCACGUUGCACGGAAGGACGAAGGUGUGGCUGUGGCCGAGCUCACGGACGAAGAUGUGAAAGCCAUCGUCGCACUCUCUAAAGAUGAGCGUAUCGGAGAGCGGAUAUUUGCCAGCAUUGGCCCCUCUAUCUAUGGCCACGAAGAUAUCAAAAGGGCUCUUGCUCUCGCUCUCUUUGGUGGGGAACCCAAGAACCCAGGUGGAAAGCACAAGGUGCGAGGUGACAUCAACGUGCUAUUGUGCGGGGAUCCAGGCACAGCCAAGUCCCAGUUCCUCAAGUAUGUGGAGAAGGUGGCCAGUCGGGCCAUUUUCACCACUGGGCAGGGAGCGUCAGCUGUUGGACUCACGGCCUACGUCCAGCGCCACCCGGUCAGUCGCGAGUGGACUCUGGAGGCCGGUGCUCUGGUGUUGGCUGACAGAGGCAUCUGUUUGAUUGAUGAGUUUGACAAGAUGAAUGACCAGGACAGAACAAGUAUCCAUGAGGCCAUGGAACAGCAGAGCAUCUCUAUCUCCAAGGCUGGCAUUGUCACCUCCCUACAAGCCCGAUGCACAGUCAUUGCUGCUGCCAACCCUAUUGGAGGCCGAUACGAUCCCUCCCUUACCUUCUCCGAAAACGUGGACUUAUCGGAACCCAUUGUGUCCCGUUUUGAUGUCCUCUGUGUGGUCAGAGACACCGUGGACGCUGUUCAGGAUGAGAUGCUGGCUCGCUUUGUGGUGGGCAGCCACAUAAAGCACCACCCUAGCAAUAAAGAGGGUGGUGCGGCGGAACUGGAGGAGGUGGUGCUGCCCAACACGUCAGAUGUGCCGCCCAUCCCUCAAGAGCUGCUCAAGAAGUACAUCAUAUACGCCAAGGAACGCGUGCGGCCCAAGCUCAACCAGAUGGACCAGGACAAGGUGGCCCGCAUCUACAGUGACCUGCGCAAGGAGUCCAUGGCCACUGGCAGCAUUCCCAUCACGGUUCGUCACAUCGAGUCGAUGAUCCGUAUGGCGGAGGCUCACGCCCGGAUGCACCUGCGGGAUUAUGUACUGGAGGAUGACGUCAACAUGGCCAUACGAGUCAUGCUGGAGAGUUUCAUCGACACACAGAAGUUCAGUGUCAUGAGGAGCAUGAGGAAGACGUUUGCACGUUACCUGGCCUUCCGACGGGACAAUAAUGAGCUGCUACUGUUCAUCCUGAAGCAGCUGGUGGCAGAGCAGGUGACUUACCAGCGCAACCGCUACGGUGCCCAGCAAGACACCAUCGAGGUCCCUGAGAAGGACCUGGUCGACAAGGCCAGGCAGAUCAACAUUCAUAACUUAUCAGCGUUCUACGACAGUGAGCUGUUCCGCUCCAACAAGUUCUCUCAUGAUGCAAAGAAGAGGCUCAUCAUGCAGCAGUUUUGAAUUUUCAUGCCAGUGGAGGAAUGUACAAGAGUCGUUGUGGGUGUGUGUAUAUAUAUUUGUGUAUCUGGGUCAGCUUGUGCUCGGCAGCAAUGAGACGGAAUAAAAUGCGGUGACUUUUCACUGACCCCAUACUGUACAUGUUGGACUCUACUACUAUAUAUCUGAUAUUUUUGAUCACCCGUUACAAAUGAACAUAGUGACCUCAGUGUCAUGUAGUGAAAUUCCUCACUUCUGCUCAUUUGUACUUAGUAUGUAUGUAUGUAUUGAUACAAGCUGAUGCACUCAUCAAGCAUUUACAAGCAUUUAUCCAUGUGAUAAAUACUUUCCUGAAGUUGCAGUGUUUUGUAUUAUG